AUGUUUUUCCCUGAAGCAUAUGAUACAAUUGUUUUUGUAGAGCUACCAGAUCCAAAAGAGUCAUCUUAUCUAUAUUUAUUGGUGAUAAAACAUAUGCUACAUGGACCAUGUGGUGUACUAAAUUCCAAUAAUCCAUGUAUGCGUCAGAAUGGCAAGUGCAGAAAUAACUAUCCAAAAGAUUUUUCUGCAUACACUAAACAUGCAAAAAACUCUUUUCCUGUUUAUAGAAGGCACAAUGAUGGAAGAAAUGUUGUUAUCAGAAAUCACACGCUUGAUAAUCGAUGGAUUGUCUCAUAUAAUGCAUAUCUACUUGCAAAAUUUGACUGCCACAUCUAUGUAGAAAUAUGCUCUGCUAUUGAAGCAGUGAAAUAUAUUUACAAGUACAUCUACAAAGGGCACGACAAGGUUAUGUAUCAGAUCACUUCUCAACAGACAGAAAAUACCAUUGAUGAGAUUCACAAUUUUCAAUCUGCUAGAUGGAUCUGUGCUCCUGAAUCCAUGUGGAGAAUAUGUGAUUUAACCAACAUUCAUCCAUCAGUAAUGACAAUAGACUUACAUUGGGAGAAUUAUCAGUCUAUAUCAUUUACUCAGAAUCAAACACUGGAGGAUCUCCUUGCUAAUGAGAGAAAUUCAAGAACAAUGUUAACAGAAUUCUUUUCUAUGAAUCGAACAAAUAAAAGAGCACAGGAUCUCAAUUGUCUCUACAAAGAAUUUCUCCGAUACUUCACUUGGGAUGAAGGUGAUCUAAUAUGGAUCGACAAAAAAUGCGGAGAAGUUAUUGGCCGUGUUAACACAGCACACUCCAUUGAAGGAGAAAGAUACUACCGGAGAAUGUUACUUAUGCAUGUAAGAAAACCAACCUCCUUUGAUGAUUUAAAAUCUGUUGAUGAUUAUAGAGCAUCUUCAUACAAAGAAGUAGUAGAAGUUCGUGGACUGCUCCAAGUAGACAAUGGUUUUGAUGAAUGUUUGUCUGAGGCACUUGUGUACAACAUGCCAAGUUCCCUCAAACAAAUUAUGGGAAAAGAUAUAAAUGACUACAGUCUGAUAAAUAUUUCGUAUCAUCUGUUGUGCUCAGAUAGCUCCACCAAAGAAAUUGAAGUUGAGUACCAAAUACCUGUUUCUGACGACGAUUUGGCUUCAAUUUCAAUGCUGAACAAAGCCCAAAAGUUUACAUUUGACAAAAUAAUGGAAAAGCUCAAUAGAAACAUCCCUGCUGCCUUCUUUAUUGAUGGUCCUGGUGGAACUGGCAAAUCAUUUUUAUAUUAA